AUGAAUGACUUCCGCCCUGUGGCCCUCACUCCGAUAGUUAUGGAGUGCUUUGAGCGGCUUGUCAUGCAGCACAUUAAGGCCUGCCUCACUGCAAACCUAGAUCCCCUACAGUUUGCAUAUAGAGUCAACCGAGCCAUGGAAGACACAAUCUGUACCACACUUCACCUCACUUUGUCACACAUGGAAGGGAAGAACACCUACACCAGGAUCCUCUUCAUCGAUUUCAGCUCAGCAUUUAACACCAUCAUACCACAACAGCUGAUGGAGAAGCUGAGGUUGCUGGACGUGGACACUGGUACCCGUAACUGGGUCCCUGACUUCCUGACGCAGAGGCAGCAGACAGGUCUCCAUAACCUAGUUCUGCUGGCUUGGAUGGACAACAUGACCAUGCUGAGGCAGCCCAUUGUGUUUGAGCUGGAGGGGUUCCAUGUUCCGCAUGGCCACGGACCUUUACUUUUUUUUUUGGCUCUUCUCAACUAUAUGGUGGUACUGGUGGCGAAUGGGGUGGUGUUGAGUGUCAUCAUAGCAGACAGGACCUUACACAGACCCAUGUAUGUUAUGGUUUGUAACUUAGCAGCCUGUGACCUGCUGGGAGGUACAGCUGUGCUGAUUCGACUCAUGAUACACUUCCUGACGGGGCAGAAGAGAAUGCCUUAUGUCACCGCUAUUGCCCAGGGCUUCAUCGUUCACAUGUAUGGUGCUGCAGUUCAGACAAUUCUUGCUGCUAUGGCAUAUGACAGGUAUGUGGCUGUGUGUGAACCUCUCAGGUACCAUACCAUUAUGUCAUCACCUCGGCUGCUCCUCUCUUGUAUUCUGUCCUGGGGAGUUGCCCUGCUCUGUAUUGGGGUGCUUUUUGCCCUCAAUGUUGGUACACCCCUUUGCAGCACCACCAUCAAGCAUGUCUACUGUAGUAACCGUUCAAUUCUGCGUCUGGCUUGUGGGCCGACACCUAUAAACAAUGUCUAUGGCUUAUGCAUGUCUUGGUCCCUGAGCACGGGCACGUUCCUCAUCAUAGCUCUUUCCUACAUCAAGAUCCUCUAUGCCUGCAUAAAACAAGGCAGGAGUAGCAGUGGCACCCGAAGCAAAGCAUUUCAGACCUGUGCAUCGCAUCUUGUGGUCUAUGUGCUGUAUGAAAUUGCUUCUGCAAUCAUAAUUGUGAGUCAAAGGUUUCCCUCGGUCUCCCAUAACAUCAAGAAGUUCUUUAGCAUCCUCAUUAUCAUUGUUCCACCAGCCAUCAAUCCAAUCAUUUAUGGUCUGGUCACAAAAGAGUUACGUGCAAGUAUCAUCAAGCAAUUCAUAGCAAGGGUCUCACCUAAAGUGUUGCAGUGUGUCACAACUCACAGAUAA